AUCAAAUGAAUGUACUGUUAGUGUUGAUGUUUUGCUUCCUUAUUUGUUUAAAAGAGUUAUUAUGGAAUGGUCAUGGACAAAUGUACUUGUAAAUAAAUUAAAUAGACCUGGUUCUCACUUAUCAGUUUCUGAUCAUUCAUUCACGGUGUUGUAGUUGUCUUGAGUUUCUCCUUCAACUCUCUUAUGGGAAGCCUAAACAGUUUGUUGACUGUUGUGGAGUGCACCCAAUCUUAUUUUAUCCAGGCUUAUGGAUUUGUUGACCAUGUAAUGGCAAUAUCUCUCCAUGUUUCAGGAAGUGCUAGUGCGUUUUUCCGGUUUUGGAAAGGAGGAAGAUGAGUGGAUUAAUGUGCGAAAGCAUGUUAGGCCGCGCUCUCUGCCAUGUGAAUCAUCAGAAUGUGUUGCAGUGCUCGCUGGAGAUCUCAUACUUUGUUUUCAGGAAGGUAAAGAGCAAGCCCUUUACUUUGAUGCCCAUGUCCUUGAUGCUCAAAGGCGGAGGCACGACGUAAGAGGCUGUCGUUGUAGAUUUUUGGUUCGCUAUGAUCAUGAUCAGUCUGAGGAAAUCAUGACGCUUAGGAAGGUUUGUCGGAGGCCUGAAACUGAUUACAGAUUACAUCAACUUCAUGCCGUGAAUGAUGCAGCCCCUGCGGAUCAUCAGAAGAUUAGCUUGGAUCAUCCAGCAAUUGUUCAUGGCACGAGGGUUACUAAUUCUUCUGAAAUGGUACAAAAGCAACAAUAGAUUGCAAAUAUUCAUAUGGUAACACCAGUUUUGCAAACAAACGAUUCCAUUCCACCACAAAGCAUGAAUGUGGAUCCAGUGAAAAUUGAAACAAAACCUGAUAUUCAAGCUGGAAAUCAUGUCACUCUAGGCACUGCCACAUUCACCUCCGGCGUCAUUACUACCGGCAGUAUUACUACUAGCAGUGUUCCUGAAGUUUCCACUCAGAACCUCGCCGAAGAGAAGUAACUUGAAUAUGUUUCUGUAAAGCCUAACUAGUCGGAUGGUAAUCUUCUGCACAAAAUGCUUGUACAUGAGUUUUUACGCAUGUUUUAUUCGAAUUAUGGGAAAUGAAAAGGGUAAGGUGCUAUAAUUGCACUUUCAUCUUUUAUGUUAAAACUUACACUAAUAUAUGUUAA